CUCUUCCCUUUUUUAUGGUUCCGUCCGUGUUUGCCUCCGACGCGAAUGGAACUCUACAUAUUUUUUUAAGAGUCAGACCUAAGGAAACUAUUAGCAACGAGAGAAAGACCAACAAAAACGUGUUUUCGAAAUACAUAUAGUUAGGGGUGCAGCUUGUAAAGGUUACGGAAAAGUCAGUGUUGCAGCGGACUAAGAAAUUAGGGCUGCGAAUUUUGACAUGAAGAAAGCGUUAAACAUAUUAAUUUGAUUAAAAUUAAUUUAAUUUUAAUUUUCACUGUAUAUUGACAUUAUCCAAAAUAUUUCGUGUAAACGUGCCUUUACACUUACGGGAAGUUGGUCUGUGGUUACGGUACCGCUAAUGGUUCUUCAACCGGUCCAAAUCGAAAGUAUAGGUUAGGUUUCACAAUUCUCAAAGGUUUUAUUUAUAAUCUCUUUAAUUAAUUACUGAAUAAUGUCCACUCUGGAAUCUAUAACCGGCGCGCUAGAAAAAGCGAGGGUGACACCAAAGACUAUAACAUUCGAGGGCAAAUCUCUAAAGUUAGACACCGAAGAAAAUGCUAAAGUUAUUGUCGACGCGAUCGCCGGCUGUAAAGAUCUGGAGUGCCUCAACCUUGAGGGUAACACGCUUGGAGUCGAAGCGGCUAAGGCGAUCGCGACCGCCUUAGAAAGGCAAAGUAAACUGCACCGUGCGCUGUGGAAAGACAUGUUUACUGGUCGCAUGAAGUCUGAAAUACCGAAAGCGUUGGAGUAUCUCGGAGCCGGGCUCGUUAAGGCCGGUGCGCGGCUGACUGAGCUUGACCUAAGUGACAACGCGUUCGGCCCGAUCGGUGUGCAAGGUUUAGCUGCACUGCUUCGCAGUUCGUCCUGUUACGCCCUGCAAGAGUUGAGGUUAAACAAUAACGGUUUGGGAAUUACCGGCGGGAAGCUUUUAGCGGAUGCGUUAACUGAAUGUUACACUUGUAGCAAUAAACUUGGUAAACCCAUGGCUCUAAAGGUGUUUGUUGCUGGACGGAAUCGACUCGAAAACGAUGGAGCAAAGGCUUUGGCGCAAGUUUUUAAGACCAUUGGAACUUUGGAGGAAGUAGCGAUGCCUCAGAAUGGUAUUUAUCACAAAGGCAUUGAAGCGCUUGCAGAUGCUUUCGUGCACAACAAAAACUUACAAAUUUUAAAUUUGAAUGACAACACCAUCGGGCCUAAGGGCGCCAAGCUUAUCGCAAACGCCCUCCCACAUCUUCAGAGGCUCAAAUCGAUUAAUUUCGGCGACUGUUUACUCAAAACCAAAGGCACAAUUGCCUUAGCCGCGAGUCUGCGUAGCGGACAUGAAAACCUCGAAGAGCUCAUUCUCGGUUUUAACGAGAUUAACAUUGCGGGCGGGACGGAGAUUGCCAAAGCGAUGGCCGGUAAACCGAAAUUAAGAAAUCUAGUGCUAGAUGGGAAUCAUUUCGAUCGUAAUGGCAAAACAGAAAUUACCGACGCACUUAAGAGGAUUGGUAAACUGAACGCGCUCGACAGCUUGGACGAGUGCGACUCGGAAAAAGAGGACGAUAGCGAGGACGAAGAGAGUGAACCGGAGGAAGUGGAAGAAAUUGUACAAGAAAGUGUGUCUUACGAGAACUUUGUUAAUGUCCCUAAUGCCGCUAACUUUUAUAAUCUCGGUAAUGACCGAAAUAAUAUUAUCUUGGGAGAAGUGAAGAAGGAUCAUAGUACAAUGAUUCCCAUUCUAAUGCACGUCAGUGCUUUGGGUGCAGAUAAACAGGAGAAAGUAGCGCAAUGUGCUGUUGGAUGUAGUGAACAAUUAUAUCGCGAACUUUACACAUGGGCUGAGAAGAAUGAUACAGUAUCCCUGGUUAACAAUAAUCUUUUGGUUCAUUUAGGUUUAAUUAAGUGUGAAGAUAAAAAAUUUAAACCGAAAUGGAAUACGGAGGCGUGUUUGUCCACGUUAAAAGCUGUACUUACAAAACAAUGCAUUCCGCAAAGUGCAACUGCAACUUUAAAAUUUUUUGUUGAUAAGUAAUGUGACAUUCCUGUGACAAUUGUAUUGUAUAAUUGGCUCAUAAUUAAAUUAUUGUAAAUUAAAACUUUUUUAACAAAAAUUUGUUAGAUUGCCUUCGUUGUGUGUAUCCUUCUCUGUUUCAUGUAAUAAAGGUGUAUCUAUUUCGA